CAAUUAAUUCAUCUUGUUGUUACAACUUGGUAUGAAUCCAACAGGCAGAGCAUAGCACUGCAUUGGGGGCGGGGAAUGAGCUCAACAGUGACAACGCCGCUUCCUCUAAAUGUCGUGUGUUCAGGUGGGCAACCUCCAUUGAAUCCAGCUUCAACAAUUCCAUUGUUUAAAUGGCGUCUUCUUAUUGCUUAUGAUGGUACCAAUUAUGCUGGAUGGCAAUAUCAAGCUUCACCACCAACAGUACAGUGCGCCAUAGAAAAAGCAUUAACUGUGGCCACAAAGUUGGACCGAAAGGAUCUCAAUUUAGUUGGUGCCGGAAGGACUGAUACAGGAGUUCACGCAUGGGGCCAGGUUGCACAUUUUGUCACGCCUUACAAUUAUGAUGCUUUGGAUGGCGUUCAUGCAGCAUUAAAUGGUCUUCUCCCGCCUGACAUUCGUGUGAUGGAAAUGAGCCCUGCAUUACCGCACUUCCAUGCUCGUUUUUCUGCAGAAGGAAAAAUUUAUCGUUACAGCAUUUACAAUAGCCCUGUCAUGGAUCCAUUUCAGCGUUCUUAUGCAUAUCAUAGUGUGUAUAAGCUGAAUGCAGCUGUUAUGGCAGAUGCUGCCAUGUAUUUCACUGGAAAGCAUGACUUCUCAUCCUUCGCUAAUGCGAUUCGCAAUGAUGGAGUACGGAAUCCUAUCAAGACCAUAUCUCGAUUUGAAGUUACUGAGAGGGGACCUCUUCUGACCCUAGAAGUUGAAGGCUCAGGUUUUUUGUAUCGACAAGUUCGAAACAUGGUGGCAUUGUUGAUUCAAAUCGGAAGGGAAGCGAUUCCGCCUGAUAUAGUUCCUCAGAUAUUGGAAGCAAGAGACCGUAAGGAGUUGGCUAAGUAUGCGCUGUCUAUGCCUCCUCACGGAUUAAGUCUAGUAGAAGUGAAGUAUAAUAAAGAACAUCUGAAGCUUCCUGCAGAUUGUCCUCCAGUCAGUUUGGGUAGGCGUCAUACAAUUAGCAAAUGUAAACUUCCCUACUAUUGAGUACUUAUUAUUGAACUCAUUCAUUCUUAGUUUAAUCUUGAUAUUAAAGCAAGGAAUAACAUGUUAUUUGUAACUGCCUCGUUGUUACUGCUCCAUGGAGUUGCGAUAGAUGUUUAGGGGUCGUUUGGCGUGGAAAUUGCACAUGUGAUGGAAUGAGAGUAGUUAAAAAAGAGAAACGGUAAGGAUUAUCAUUAUUGUUAUUCUUGAAUGGUAUGAAAUUGAUAAGGAUGAUGGAAUUGUUCGUGUUUUGUAAAAACUUUGUUCUUUCGAAAGAUGUUCAACAGAAUUGUACAAAUCUGUGUUUUUGGAAUUUCGUGGAGCAAAAUCUAGCGGAGAACUCGACCAAACCCUCAGUCGAGUGGUAGCACUAAACCCAAUUGAAGUACUUUACUCGGUCGAAUGCAAGGCCGGUUUUUGCUCUCUGAAGUCUGAACUUAGUUUUUCUGUGCUCCAAGUACUUGCGAAUAUAAUUUUUCCUCUUUGCUUGAACAUGUUGACAGAUCAAGUCUCCUUGCAAUAAUAAAAAGAAUGUAUUCCAAGUUUAUAAACCCUUAAAAUUGGACAUUGAUCUUAAUCUCCGGCUAAAUC